UUGUGCACCUAUCACCAUGGUUGARACCCGAAAAGGGACGGUUACYASCCCCUAUACCGCUGAACRGCAAGAGAAAAUGGUCGCCUUAGUCAGRGAGAACAKGGAGAGGAAAGAGCGGGAGAAGCAGGUGAAGCUGAAGGCUAUCGCAGAUGAGCAGGCGGCGAAGAUGAGGGAAUUAGAGGAGGAGAUGGAGAAAAAGAAGAAGGUUGCUGAAGAAGAAGCGGCAGYAGAAGAAGAAAAAGAGAGAAURAGGAUWGAGAGUAGAGAGGGAAGUAGUGGMACGAAGAGGGACACAGACGCAGAGAYGGAGAAGAAGAUAAGYGAGUGGGUUGCUAAUUUAUCGUUGGGGGAAGACGAAGAGGCAGAGUCCAACGUGACUGAGGAUGAGAGAGCUGCGCUGGUCAGUGAGCUAGCAGCAAUGACAAAUCCUAUGGAUCGGCGCGAGAGGGAGGAGGAGCAGAAGUUGGCAUGGAAGUUAAGAAUGAAGAGGGAGAAGAAGAGGAGGAGAGAGGAAGUAAGCAAACUGACCGUAGAGGUGGCGAAGGUACAGGAGUGUACGAGAGAAGUGGAGGCCCAGGCAGAUGACAAGGCCAAGUGGGAUAACAUAUUGGGGUACCUAGAGGUGCUAAGCAAAGUCUGGAUGGAGGAGCGCCAGGCAAGUUGGAGCCAAGACGUUGCUUUGAAUGCCAUGCGGUCGGGGUUCAGCGACUUUGCGUGCGAAAUCGUCACCCAUAUCGGGGGCGAAGUCAAUGUAGGGAAGUUUUGUGAGGGCACCAUAGAGGGUGCCAAAGCGAUAUCCGCUGCAGAGGGCGAGGGCAGACCCCGUAAAGAGCAUGUCAAGCUCAAGUUCCUAGACGCAUAUGGGGGUGAGAAGGAGGAAAACUUUGACAACUGGGAAGCCAGUGUCAAUAGUUAUAUAUAUUUACAACACAUUCUGAUGGAGGAGCAAGUCCUCGUGGCCUUCCAAGCCCUCAAGGAUGAGGUAGUUAGUUUCGCCAGGUCCCUUGCGCGCGCACUCACUUCUCCACAUGGCCUUGAAGUAGGGGCAGUUGCAACCCCUACUGGCGGCUGCCUUUUGACUGUUGGGCAUCCCAACGGGCCUAUCUAUACUUAGGACAAUAUUUGAUAACGUGGGCCGGGUCACCAUAGAAUACGCACCGACCCUGGUCCACCCGUUCC